CCACAAUAUACCCCGCAAUAGCACCAGUAGGCCCUUCCCCAGCAGCGUCAGCAGCAGCUCCCCCCCGCCGCCACCUCAUCAGCAGCAUCAGCAGCCCCCACCGUACCAGCAGAGGGCUGGGGGUCAGGCCCGAGUCUACACCAUCACCCACGAUGAGGCUGCCCGCAAUGCAGGUACCAUGUCCGGAAUGCUUUCGAUAUCCCAUGUGCCUGUCUUUGCUUUAUGUGAUACCGGUGCUACCCAUUCUUUUAUUUCUUCUCGUUGCUUGGAGGCUUUAUCUAUUGGCACCGUGCAUGCUUGUGAUCCUCUCGAGGUUAGUUUAGCCUCGGGAAAAAUUAUUAUCUCUGAUUCGGUGGUUCGCAAUCUUUCUAUCUGUAUUGGCGGUCGAGUUCUGGAGGCCGACGUCUAUGUACUUGAUAUGCGAGACUUUGACGUCAUCUUGGGAAUGGACUGGCUCACCCGUUACCAGCCAAUAUCCGAUGCCAGGAGCGCGAAGUCACCCUCUAUCCCGUUUCUGAUCAGCCUAUU